GCGCUGGGGUGCAGGUGCGAUUGGUGUGUACGUAUGCACGCUACCAUAACAACGGGUCAAGCGAGGUCGGAAGCGAAGAACGGAUCGUCGGAUGUUUUCAUUUUCAACCUAAUUGUUUCUUAUCGUAACCACAUUUGAGGAAACAAAUUGUAGCUUUUAAGAUACAGAUACAAAGCAGACAUGUCAGCAAAGGCCCUGGCAAGGUUACCACCAAUCCAAAAAUCGAGUCCGCCUCCACCUGCAAACAUCAAUGCUGUGAUAUCACCCAGGGCUGGUAAAGCUUUCAGUGGACUCCAGGGACCAAGCUACCAGCUAGGAGAUGGGGGUAAACACAGGCUACCUGAACCUCAGGCAUUGAAGCCAUUUGUAGAUACAAAGGCAGGAAACUUGGACACAUGGCCAGCCCAUGCCACAGCCCAGGCAGCAGCAUGCCCCUCCCUACCCUCCUCCCAGCGGCCAAGGGGUUCCAGCGCUGAGGAGUAUGGUAGAGGACGGAGCACUGGAGGAGAGGGAGGGGCGCAUCAGUCAAUGGUACCCAAACCCAAGUUCCUGGAACAACUGGAAGUGUUCCUCAAGAAAGAACUCAGAAACGUGGAUGGUGGGAGAGGAGGUCCAAGCGAUACAAGAUUACAAGCAUAUCGAGAAGUGUUUGAGUAUCUGAUAGAAGACUUCAAGGCUUAUAAACCCAUCUUCUCUUCAAUUAAGAAUGAAUAUGAAGUCAUGAUGUCACAUCAAAGAGAAAAGAUCAGAGAACUGGAACCUCUCAAGUCCAUGUUGGUGACGGUAUCGGAGCAGUGUGACCAGAAGAUCAUGGCUCUCAGGGAAGAUGAGAGACAAGAGAUGAAAGAUCUGAAGAACGAGAAGCAAGCUCUCCUGGAGCGUAUCAGCGGCAUGAGGGAGGAACAGAUCUCAUUGCAGAUGCAGAUUGAAAAGCUCCAAGAGAAGAUAGCUGAGCAGUAUCAGAUGUACCGUGAUGAGUGUGAUGCCCGGAAGCUCCUCGUCUCUGAUAUCAACGACCUUCGCUACCAACAGGAGGAUUAUCAGAAGGCUCAGGGGAACCAGGAGGUACCCGCUGAAGCUAAGGAAGACCCUGUCAAAAUGAAGAUUGCCCUCAGGAAAGCAAGAGAGGAUCUAUAUGAUGCAACUCAGCGAUUAAAUGAGAUGAUUGCUAACUAUGGUGAUGUGGUUCCAAGAAGAGAUUUUGAAUUCUUGACAGCAGACCAUCAGAAAUUGAAAGAAGAACAUGAUACUUUGAAUGGUGACUACAAACAGCUGAGAGCAGAGCAUGAAGCUCUGUUAGAUGUGAAUAAGCAGAUCAUAGCACAGAGAGAUGACUUCUACCAAGAACUAGAAAGCCUCAAAAGAACAGCAACACCAAGGCCAGAAUGGGACCGAUGUGCUGAGGUGCUGGAAGGAGGAGAGGAGAGAUGGGUGCAGAUCUCACAAGGAAAGAAGAGCGAUCAGCUCGUCACGUUGCUCCUCAAAGAGAUCAUGGGAGAUGGAGAAGGCUACGAGUACUUUGAACCCAAGGGCCUUGGUGAUGAUGUACCUGUAUACAUGCGAUAUGAAGGCAAGCUGAGGAAGAGGAAGAUGGAUGAGAGUGAUGCUGGUAUCCUCAUCAAAGAAAUAUGGAUGGAGAAGACUAAACAGAAUCAAGAGAGAGGAGAAGCCGGUCCAGAGCCUAUGGAUAUCUUCCUUGCUCCUUUCAUGAGACAGAAGUACCCUGAGGAGAAACUUGCCUUUGAGUGGACGUACAUGCUGCUCAGUGUACUAGAAGAGAAUGAGAAGGACAACCAUCUUAUGCUCUUCCAUAAGAUUCUCUUAGGAGAGAUGGAUGAAGAUGUUUAUCAUCAUCAGUUUGAGGUCUUAUCUGAUCUCAUGGCAGCAUUCAAGAAGGCUGAUGAGGAGGAAGGCGGGCAUGGGAGUUUCAACAAGGAUAUCCUAGAGCACGCCUUGCGAGAGUUCUUCCCUAUCAAAGAUGAUGAUGCCAUCCAAGCCCUGGUCGAUGCUGCUGUUCAAGAACUUGAGUCUGAAGACGAGACCAAACUACUCUAUGAAGAACUAUUCCAGGAGGAGGAGGAUGGAACCGUUGGACCGUUCAUCUCUCUCCUCAGAUCUCAAGAGCAAGAAGAGAAACUACAGUAUGUGGAUGACAUCAGAUUAGAACUGGAAGGAAAAGAGGAGAUUCCGUGGCGAGAAGUUCAAAUGGCUAUCAACGUCAUCGAUGCGGAGAUAGACCGCCCUCACAUGGUGCAGUAUGUGUGUCGUGCGUUUGACGUUCCUCAGGACCAGAUCACCACGGCGCAACCCACGACUCUAGACGUGAUCGUGAGGAGACUACAGAAGAGCACAGUGAGGAGGAUCGGCAAGCUCAACAGUUCUGAGCUUACAUAGAACUACCAUCU